AUGGCAGUGCCCUUAGAACAAUACGAUAGCUCAAUUACCUCUUUUGAAAAUUUUCCAACUGAACGUUUUAAGGAGCAAUUAGAGAAUUUAUCAAAUGAUUCUGUUGAAAGAGCCACUCAAUAUGUUAUCGAUAAUAUAAAGUCCAUAGAUGAUUUAUUUGAAGUUUUAUUAAAUAGGAUGCGAAAGGUAUGGUAUAUAAAAACAAACUAUAAUAAAAGUUAUAAUAAAAAUAUAAUCAUAAUCAUGCGAUAA